UGUCCAUCAGUGCCAGCUCUCAGUGCUCAUCAAUGCCACCUGAUAGUGCCCAUCAGUGCCGCCCAUCAGUGCCAGUCAGUGCCACCUAUCAAUGCCAUGCCAGUCAGUUCUGCCUAUCAGUGCCAGUCAGUGCCGCCUAUCAGUGUGCAUCAGUGCCACCUAUCAGUGCCCGUCAGUGCUGCCUAUCAGUGCUAGUCAGUGCCGCCUAUCAGUGUGCAUCAGUGCCACCUAACAGUGCCAGUCAGUGCCGCCUAUCAGUGCUAGUCAGU